GCGGCGGCUACGGCGGGGGACCAGAGCACCGAGGCGGCAGCGGCCCCUCCAGGAAAAGGUGCAUGGCUAAUUUGUCGUUUGUAGUUAGUAAUGGCUUGAGCUAAACUCCUCUAACCGGAAGGCAUUCCCCGCUUCUUCAAAGGAUAGAGUACUGGAGAAAAUGUGGCAAGUGAUUGGAUGUUUGCUUCAGAAGUUUCAGCAACUCAGCUUUGCAACUACCAGCUACAAGCUCUUUUCUUGAUUGCACUAUGAAAAAGUUGCAAAUGGGAUGGACUUAUAGAACCAAAAGCCAUUUUUUUCAAAUGAAGAUAACUGAAGGAGUUUGAUCUUCAUUGCCUUCUAAUCACAGUUGAGAUUUCCCCCACAGAAAUAGAAUGGCAAGCAAAAGAAAAUCAACAACACCUUGCAUGGUCCUUGCUAGUGAACAGGAUCCGGACCUAGAAUUGAUAUCAGACUUGGAUGACGGUCCCCCUGUACUUACACCAAUAGAAAAUGCAGCAGCAGAAAGUAUCUCAAGUGAUGAAGAUGUUCAAGAACUUGUAGAUUCUGACAAUCAACAAAAUAAAAAAGUUGAAGGUGGCUAUGAAUGUAAAUAUUGUACUUUUCAAACACCAGAUCUUAACAUGUUUACCUUUCAUGUAGAUUCAGAGCAUCCCAAUAUAGUGUUAAAUUCAUCCUAUGUUUGUGUUGAAUGCAAUUUUCUUACCAAAAGAUAUGAUGCGCUUUCCGAGCAUAAUUUGAAAUACCAUCCUGGAGAAGAGAAUUUUAAGCUGACUAUGGUAAAACGAAAUAAUCAGACAAUCUUUGAGCAAACAAUUAACGAUCUGACUUUUGAUGGUAGUUUUGUUAAAGAAGAGAAUUCAGAUCAGGUAGAAUCUAUAGAAGCUCCCUCAUCAGGGAUUUCUAUCAGCAAAACUCCUAUAAUGAAAAUGAUGAAAAAUAAAGUAGAGAAUAAACGGAUUGCAGUUUUCCAUAACUCUGAAGACAUUCCAGAAGAGAAAGAGAACGAAACUAAAUCAGGUCAUGAAGAAGUAGUAAAAAAUCCAGCGUCAUCAGCAUCUGAGUCUAAUACAAGUACUUCUGUUGUAAAUAGUAUACAUCCAAAUACCACAAACACAGUAGUUACCCCAGCAGCAGUUCUUCAGCCUGGGCUAGCACAGGUGAUAACAGCAGCUGUAUCAGCUCAGCAGAAUUCUAACUUGAUUCCUAAAGUUUUAAUCCCUCUUAACAGCAUUCCCACCUAUAAUGCUGCUUUGGAUAACAAUCCUCUUUUGCUCAACACCUACAACAAAUUCCCUUAUCCAACAAUGUCUGAAAUUACAGUUCUAUCUGCUCAAGCAAAAUAUACAGAGGAACAGAUUAAGAUAUGGUUUUCAGCCCAACGCCUAAAACACGGUGUUAGUUGGACUCCAGAAGAAGUAGAGGAGGCAAGGAGAAAACAAUUCAAUGGCACAGUACAUACUGUACCACAAACAAUAACAGUGAUUCCUACACACAUUUCAGCAGCUAGUAAUGGUUUACCUUCCAUUUUACAGACGUGCCAGAUAGUUGGUCAGCCAGGUCUGGUCCUUACACAAGUAGCUGGCACUAACCAAUUGCCAGUAACAACACCUAUAGCUUUGACAGUUGCGGGAGUUCCAAAUCAAACUCAUAUGCAAAAAAGUCAGGUGCACAGUGCUCAGCCUAUUGCAGAAACAAAGCCGGUAGCAGCAACUCCAGCCCCAGCCCCGGUGCCAGCUCCAGCGCCAGUGCCAGCAUCAGCCCCAACUCCAACCUCAGCCCCAGCCCCAACUCUAACUCCUCAGUUAAUCAAGCAUGAAACUGCAUUGGUGAAUCCUGAUUCAUUUGGUAUCCGGGCAAAAAAGACAAAAGAACAGCUGGCAGAAUUAAAAGUUAGUUAUCUUAAAAAUCAGUUUCCUCAUGACUCAGAGGUGAUCAGGCUUAUGAAAAUAACAGGCCUGACUAAAGGUGAGAUCAAAAAGUGGUUUAGUGACACAAGGUAUAAUCAGAGAAAUUCCAAGAGUAAUCAGUGUAUCCAUCUCAACAGUGAAGCUUGUACCCCUAUCGUUAUUGAUUCUAGUGACGAGACUACAGAAUCCCCAACAGUUGUUGCUCCACAGCCUAAACAGCUGGGGAAUUCCUUCCCUGACUUUACUCCACAAAAAUUUAAAGAGAAAACUUCAGAGCAGUUGCGUGUCCUCCAAGCGAGUUUCCUCAGUAACCCUGUACUUACUGAUGAAGAAUUGAACAGGUUAAGAGCACAAACCAAACUUACCAGGAGAGAAAUUGAUGCCUGGUUUACAGACAGAAAGAAAUCCAAAGCUUCAAAGGAAGAGAAAACAGAAAUAGAUGAAAGCAAUGCAGGCAGCUCCAAAGAAGAAGCUGGAGAAGCUUCUCCUCAGAAUGAACCUGCAGCACCUAAAUCAGUGACCACCACAAACAAAGUGUGUAAAAAAUCACCAGAGCAGUUGCACAUUCUUAAAAGUGCAUUUGUUCGAACACAGUGGCCAUCACCAGAAGAAUAUGACAAGUUAGCUGAGGAAAGUGGGCUCGCUAGAACAGAUAUUGUUAGUUGGUUUGGAGAUACACGAUAUGCUUGGAAAAAUGGGAAUUUAAAAUGGUACUAUUACUAUCAGAGUGCCAGUUCAAAUAGUAUGAAUGGACAGGCUUCCUUUAGGAGAAGGGGGAGAGGAAGACCAAAGGGAAGAGGAAGGGGAAGACCUCGUGGGAGGCCUAGAGGAAGCAAAAGGAUAAACAACUGGGACCGUGGACCAUCACUCAUAAAAUUUAAAACUGGAACUGCAAUACUUAAGGAUUAUUAUAUGAAGCACAAAUUUCUUAACGAGCAAGACCUAGAUGAACUUGUUGCCAAAUCACAUAUGGGUUAUGAGCAGGUCAGAGAGUGGUUUGCAGAAAGACAAAGAAGAUCUGAGUUAGGAAUAGAGUUGUUUGAGGAGAAUGAAGAUGAUGAUGAGAUAAUAGAUGAUCAGGAAGAGGAUGAUGAAGAAACAGAUGACAGUGACACCUGGGAACCCCCACGGCAUGUUAAGCGGAAACUCUCUAAAUCAGAUGAUUAAAAUUCUCAUGUUUUUCCUUUAUAGUUACCUACAGUGGUGAAGGGGACUCAAUUCUUGAAGUCAAGAUAUCUGAUUUACUGUGAAUGGGCCUAAUCUUUUAUGAAACUGAGAAUAUUUUUGGACAUACACACAUUCUUAUAACAUAGGAUUGAAUACUCGAAAGGAAUGGAACUUAGUGUUGUGCCAAAGUUAAACUACUGCAGUUGGUGGAAAUUCUACACUGUAAAUAGAACACUGAUUAAAAGACAACUUGUAAAAAUUCAGAUUUUAAUACAUUUUUAUUCUGAUGCAGGAUGGAAACAUUCUGUUUCUUAGGCUUUUUUGAGGGAAUUAAGUGACCACUAGAUUUUGUCCUCUUAUAAUUUUGUCCAGCUUAAUACUGUAUGUUCUAGUAAGAUGGGCUUUAUUGCCUGUGUUCUUUGAUAUAUGAUUAAGCUUAUAGCUUUGAGUGACCAAACAUUUUACAGAGUAAAAGUUCUUAGAAACAGGUUAAAGAAAAAAAAAAGAAAAAAUGAUUUAUUUCUGUGUCUUAUUUAUCAGGCCCUGCACUAAUUUUGAAAGUUGUGCAUGUGCUUGUACAACUUAUACAUAAAUGAAAAUGCAGCAUAUUUAUACAUUUUGGAACCCCAAGCCACAGGGCCUAUGUCAUCGGCUUUUUUAAGUUGAAGACAUCAUUGGAUGCUACUAUUAAUAUCUGUAAUACUCCUGUUUCUACUUUAAUAAAAGACUGAUUUUGUUUUUCAUUAAACUGAAGAAAAUGAUGUACUGAAUAAGGGAAAAAGCUGGCAUAAGAAUUUGCAGAGAGAAUCUCUGAAAUAAACUUUGUACCAAAAAUGUGAAAAAGAAUUAUGUAGUAUAUAUAUGCUUAAUGAGUGUUUUUUAACAAUAAUGUAAAAUAAUGUACAGAUAAUGCAUCAGUCCAGAAUUUUCUAGAAUUCCCAGUCAAGUUCUACCGUCUGUAACGAUUUCAGUGGCUAUAGAAAAAAUUCCUAAACUAAUAACUGUCAUUAGCCAUUUAAAAGCUAGCUUUUGCUUGCAAAUUAUUGUAGUAUUAACAACUAUUUUGCCGUAUCAAGAGACUGAAAGUUCAUAUUAACUUAUUUGUAAAGACUGGUGCUUUUCAUUCCUAUUUGAGGGACACUUUUGUUUGUGACUGUAGGACCAUUUUUUUUUUAAAAAUGUGCUGUUUUCAUGGAAGAAAAAUUUAGUUGAGUAUUUUGUUCUUAAAAUGCUUUUCUGAGUGACCAGAUCUAGUGGGCUUGCCUAGUUUGUUUCACCUAAUUUAAUGAAUGAUGAAUAUUAAGCUUUUAAUUUUUACCUAAACACUUGUCAACUAAGAGAAAGUUAUGGAAGAGCCUUGGAUAUGCAUGCUGCUUUCGUUUUUAUAAAUGGUUAUUUUUUAUUUUUUAAAUAUGGCUUUAUAAGUAUUUCCAAAAUACUACAAUUUAGCUGAUCUAUUCACUACAGACUUCUGGCUUUGUGGAUGGCUUUUUUCAUACUACUGUUAACUUUUAUUUUUACGAUGUAAAGACUGCAGCAAUUUAAUGCACUAUUUUUUUUCACUUUUUAAUAACUUCAUAGAGCACUCUGUAAACUGUAAUAAUUAAAUUGCUCCUUUUUUAACCUUU